AUGUCGCCGUGGCCGGCGGCCGCGCUGCUCUGGCUGCUGGUGCAGUGGGCAGCUGCCGUGGCGACCCAGCCGCCGUCGGCAGCUGACCAGCUGUCGCAGCUGCUCGGGCCGGUGGUGGAGUCGGCCGUGGCUCGGGCGCUGUCCGACUGGCGGCCGGCGGUGCUGACCGACCUCGGUCGGCUGCAGGCGCGUCUGGAGACCCUGGAGAGCCGGCUGGACAGGGACGGUGAGAGCCCGCCGCCGGGCUGCGGCGCCUGCCGGCCGCUGACACUGGCCGCCCUCUGUCAGCCGGCCGGAGCGGGCUCGGAGACCGCAGUGACCGCGGACACCGAGAGUGAGCCGCUGACCGGCGCCAGGUCACUGCCGGACUCCCCGGUCCCGCCGGAGCCGGUCUGUGACCCAGCUCCGACACCCGCGCCGUCGGACGCCGCGCCUCACCAGGAGCCGGCGGUGCGCGCCUGCGCCCGCUCCUGUCUGCAGCUGCGGGACCAGGGCGGUGACCCUCAGGACGGCGUCUACUGGUUCACCGGGAUGCCGGUGCCGGUGCUGUGCGACUUCAGCCACGACGGCGGCGGCUGGACGCUGCUGUUGACGGCGGCCACCAGGGACGGCUGGGACGUGCUCAGCGUGCUGGGCCGCGCAGAACGCUCACCCUCGCUGACCCACAACUACGCCAUCCUGCGGCACGCCAACGCCGUCCGUGACCUGGGCAACGGCACCCGGUUCGCCUACCGGAUCGAGGCGCAGGCGCAGGCCGGCCGCCGGCGCUGGGGAGGCGUCUGGUUCGCACCGAGAAGCUACAGCUUCGUCCACGAGACUUCGAGCCAGACGGACGUCAGUAUCGUGAGAAUGUUCAACAACUGGGCCUACAGGAACAGCGGCAUCGAGAAGAGGAUGCCGUGGCUGAACACGGGAGGGGUCAAAGUGCGCCCCCGCGCUGUCCUCGUGCCCCUGCUCCCCCUCCCAUUGUGCCGGCCGCGCCGCGCCGGUCGGCCGCCGCCGGUCGUCGCCUCUCCGAUCGAUGACCGGCCGUGCCGUCGCGGCCGACGGCCGCUCGAUGGCAGCCCGCUCCGACCCGCCGGCCGACUCCAGUCGGUCCCCGGCGCGCCGCGCAGCGCCAUGCCCGUGUGCGACCUCGGCCGGGUCAAGGCCAACCCCUGCGUGUGGCUGUUCCGCAACGGCGCCGGCAAACGGUCAAAGGAUGGCGCUGACCAGUCGGCGGACAUGGCGCGCUCCCCGCGCCGCAAUCACAACCAGCAGCACCCGCCGCGGCCCGGCGACCUGCCCGACCGCGCCGCCGGCUUCGACAACUUCGCCAUGCCGCAGAUGGUCGUCCAGAAGGACUUCCGAAAGGUUAGCGGCAUCUCCACGGAAAUAUUCCGUCAGAUCGAGACGGUGGAGAACGAGCUGGACGCGGCCACGGCGGCGGCGCUGCGGCUGGUCGAACAGCGCGGAGAGAUGAUCGUCAGCUCGCUGGACCCGCGCCGGCUCUCCAAGAAGGCGUACCGCAUCGCCUCCAACUUCCUGGCCCUGCAGGACGGCCGGCACACGAUCCAGUUCGUGGAGAUUGUGAAGCGUCCCGGCCAGACUCUGGGCCUCUACAUCCGCGAGGGGAACGGCGCCGACCGCUCCGACGGCGUGUUCGUCUCCCGGAUCGCGCUCGAGUCGGCCGUCUACAACUCGGGCUGCCUACGGGUGGGUGACGAGGUGCUCGCCGUCAACCUGGUCGACGUCACCGGCAUGGGGCUGGACGACGUGGUCAUCAUCAUGUCGAUCCCGCGCCGUCUGGUGCUCACCACGCGCCGUCAGUGCCGGCAGCCGGGCCGUCCCAGCCCGCCGCCGGCCGCGCUGCCCUCCAACAGUACGCCGGUGGUGGUGAUGAAGCAGGAGCUGCCGGACCGCGAGGCGGGCGCGCCGCCGCCGCCCAGCUCGGUGCCGCCGCCGCUGCCGCCGCGCCGGCCGCCCUCAGUCGGCGCCGACGCCCUCCACUACGGCUACUCGCGGCUGGGACGCGGCGACGGCUCCGGCGCGCCGCCGCGCUACCAGGAGAUCUGCGGCCCGGCCCGACGGACCGGCUUCGACCCGCCGCAGCCGGUGGUCACCGAGCAGCCGCACGGCUACUCUGCCCACUACCAGAGGCCGUUCUCGGGAGCGCUGCUCUCCGGCGCAGCUGACCACUCGAGCGGCUACGGAACGGCGCGCGGAGGGGGCACCGCCGUGGGACUGUACGGCUCCCGGCCGCGGCCCGGCUACGGAAGCCUGUCGCGAGCCGAGACGCACCAGCGCGCCAUGGGUCUGGAGCGUGGCGUAACACGCACCUACAGCGACCAGCGGCUGCCGGGCGACUGGUCCGACAGCUCGCUGCCGCCGGCCAUGGCCGCGCCGCCGCAGUCCUCCCUUCAGUACCCCUCACGCUACCAGGACACCAUGCGCCGGCUGAGCGCCAUGCGUCGGCGCACCGCCUCGCUCGAGUACGCAUCCGACUCGGAAGCCACGUCCGGACGGCGCAUGGGAGCGCCGCGGCGGAUGGCCGCGCCCCUGGCGGCCGUCGGAGAGAGGAGUCGUUCGCUGCCCCGCCGCAGCGAGGCGCCACCGGCGCGCGCCCGGUACGCCAGCGGGUACGGAUCGGCGGGAGCGGCGGACAGCCUCACAGACGACAGCGACGGAGCGGUCAGCGCGCCCGAGCUGAGAAACCGACGAGGACUUCCGCCGAGCAUGCGGACGCCUCCAGCGCUCUCUACAAACGACUACAAACAAUGGCUGUCCCGAGCGCCCUCCACUGGCGCCAUCUAUGAACGGAUCCGACAGUACCGAGACCGGGACAUAGGCGGCGCUGGCGGCGGCGGUGCGGGCGGCACGGCUGAACGCGGCGUUGGAGGGGCGCCGGGGACGGGUCCCACAUCCUCUCGGCGCGGCGUGCCGCUGACAUUCAGCGCCGAGAACAUCGGCACCGGAAUGGUGGAGUCGGCGCACUACUGGCGCGGGCCGCGGCUCAGCACGCUGCGGCCAGUCACUCCGUCUGAGGGCGGCAGCAGCAGCAGCAGCAGCAGUCGGCUGGGGGGUCCGACGGCCGCCACGGCGCUCACCCACCACCUGCACGCCCGACUGGAGGAGCGCAGCGCCACACCGGCGCCGCAGCCAGAGGCCAAAUCGCGCUUCUCGGUCCUCAACAUCAACCCGGCAGAGUUUCUGCGUCACAGCUGGGGCCGGACGCCGUCGUCGGCCACCGAGCCGGGCCUCUCGGGCCUGCUGGAGGUGCAGCUGCUGUCGGGCCGCGGCCUGCGCCCGGCCGGCCGGCAGCCGCACCUGCGCGACCUCUACUGCGUGCUCGAGUGUGACCACGUGCACAAGGCGCGCACGGUGAUCCGCACCGGCGACCUGGUGUUUGACUGGGACGAGACGUUCGAGCUGGACCUGCUCUCCAGCCGGCAGCUGGACUUCCUCAUCUACUCGUGGGACCCACAGUUCCGGCACAAGCUGUGCUACCGCGCCUCGCUGGGCGUGGCCGCCCUGCUGCGCGAGGCCAGUACCCACCAGCUGGCGCUCAAGGUGGAGCCGCACGGCAGCCUGUACGUGCGGCUGCGCUACACAGAGCCGAAGCGGUGCUUCGAGCGUCUGCCGGCGGCGCGGCCAGGCGCGCUGUUCGGCGCCGACCUCGAGUCCGUGGUGGCCCGGGAGAACUCCGGCCUGGCCAUCCCGCUGCUGGUCAAACGCUGUGUGGACGAGGUGGAGCGCAGGGGGCUGGACAUCAUCGGCCUGUACCGGCUCUGCGGCUCGGCCGACAAGACCAGAGCGCUGCGCCAGCAGCUGGAGGCGGGCGCUCGCACCGCCGACCUGUCCCCGCACAGCGUGCCAGACAUCAACGUCAUCACAGGCGUUCUGAAGGACUACCUCCGCGAGUUACCGCAGCCUUUGUUCACCAAGUGUCUGUACCAGAUGCUGUGCGACGCCCUCUCCGUCUGUCUUCCGGACGACUCGGCGGCCAACGCCAAGCUGAUGCUCUCCAUCCUCGACUGUCUUCCCAAGGCCAGCCGGAGCACGCUGCUGUUUCUGAUGGACCACCUGCGGCUCGUAUCGUCCCAGUCCCAGUGUAACAAGAUGACCCCGCAGAACGUGGCCGUCUGCUUUGCGCCGGUUCUGAUGCUACACUCAGAAGUCGGCCGGACGGAGAUUGACUUCCAUCGGCCCAUCUCUAUACUCAAGUACCUACUCACCAUCUGGCCGACAAAAACAGUCCGCGAGGCGACCACGGCCCGGGUGGCCCCGGCCCGCCGCUCCCGACUCACGCCUCACUCGGCCUCCCUGGAGCGGCGCGGUCCGGCCAGCGACGACCGCUCCGAGCCCGCCACCACAGCCACCGACAGCGGAUCAGAGAGCCGGGACUCGUCCCCCAACCAGCCGCCGGCGGCGCCCGCCGGACAGCGCUCCCGGCACGGCUCUCUGGGCGGGGAGGGCGGCGGCGCGCCGGGCGCGCUCACCCAGCCGUUCCCCGGGCCGCCGGCGGCGCCCUCCUACAUGCAGACGCGCGCCGAGCGCACCGACAGCGAGUUCACGGGGCGCAGCUCCGAGUCGGACAGCGGCUACGCGCGGCUCGACUCGCGCUCGGAGCGGCCCGGCUCGCGGCAGGGCGCCGCCGCCGUGCACCCGUUCCGGCGCGCCGACGGCCGCUCGGACGGCGAGUGCGCCUCGCGCGAGUCGUCCCCCGACAGCAGCCACCUCAGCUCGGCCGACAGCCGGCGGCGCGGCGACUUCUCGCGGCCGACCGAGUCGCCGGCGCCGCCGCGGCGGAAGGGCAGCGCCGGCUCGGCGGGCCUCGAGUUCCGUCUGUCGGCUGCCUCGCCGUUCAGGGAGGCCGAGCUGCGGCAGCGCAGCGCCUCGCCCCGCGACCUGGAGCGCGAGGCGCGGCUGGCCAGUCCGUUCCGGGAUGGCCCCGGCCGGGUCCGGCUGGGCUCGGCCGACGACGGCCGCAGCUAG